GCUCCGGAAUCUCAUCUUCUGGCCCCGGAGCUGCUGCUCCUGCUGCUGCUGCUUUUGCUUUUGGGGCUGAGUUUAAUAAGCGAGCGAGCGAGCGCGGGGUGGGGGAAAAAAGGCAGAGAAUGUCCGCCAUCUACCCUCCGCUCCCGGGCGCGCUCUCAUUCAUAGCAGCCUCUUCAUGAAUUACAGCUGAGAGGGGGCGGGGGAGGGGGGACCGCACAGCACCCCAGCAAAGCUCCCGGCCCCCAGGCAUGGCUAACUCGUGUGCCGUGCAGGUGAAGCUGGAGCUGGGGCACCGCGCCCUGGUGCGCAAGAAACCCACCGUGGAGGGAUUCACCCACGACUGGAUGGUGUUCGUGCGCGGCCCGGAGCACAGCAACAUACAGCACUUUGUGGAGAAAGUCGUCUUCCACUUGCACGAAAGCUUUCCUAGGCCAAAAAGAGUGUGCAAAGAUCCACCUUACAAGGUAGAAGAAUCUGGGUAUGCUGGUUUCAUUUUGCCAAUUGAGGUUUAUUUUAAAAACAAGGAAGAACCCAAGAAAGUUCGAUUUGAUUAUGACUUAUUCCUGCAUCUUGAAGGCCAUCCACCAGUGAAUCACCUCCGCUGUGAAAAGCUAACUUUCAACAACCCCACAGAGGAUUUCAGAAGGAAGUUGCUGAAGGCAGGAGGGGACCCUAACCGGAGUGUUCACACCAGCAGCAGCGGCAGCAGCUGCAGCAGCAGCAGCAGUAGUAGCAGCAGCAGCAGCAGCAGUAGCAGCAGCAGCAGUAGCAGCAGUAGCAGCAGCAGUAGCAGCAGCAGCAGUAGCAGCAGCAGCACCAGUUUUUCAAAGCCUCACAAAUUAAUGAAGGAGCACAAGGAAAAACCUUCUAAAGACUCCAGAGAACAUAAAAGUGCCUUCAAAGAACCUUCCAGGGAUCACAACAAAUCUUCCAAAGAAUCCUCUAAGAAACCCAAAGAAAACAAACCACUGAAAGAAGAAAAAAUUGUUCCUAAGAUGGCCUUCAAGGAACCCAAACCCAUGUCAAAAGAGCCAAAACCGGACAGUAACCUUCUCACCAUCACUAGUGGACAGCAAGAAAAGAAGGCUCCUAGUAAAAGGCCUCCCAUUUCCGAGUCUGAAGAACUCUCAGCCAAAAAGAGGAAAAAGAGUAGUUCAGAAACGUUAUUUAAAAGUUUUUCUACCACACCGCCACUGAUACUCACAUGUUCCGCUGAAAAAAAACAGACAAAAGAGAAAUCUCAUGUCAAGAUGGGAAAGGUCAAAAUUGAAAGUGAGACAUCAGAGAAGAAGAAAUCAACUUUACCACCCUUCGAUGAUAUUGUGGACCCCAACGACUCAGACGUGGAGGAGAAUAUGUCCUCUAAAUCGGAUUCUGAACAGCCCAGUCCUGCCAGUUCCAGUUCCAGCUCCAGCUCCAGCUUCACACCGUCUCAGACCAGGCAGCAAGGUCCUUUGAGGUCUAUAAUGAAAGAUCUACAUUCUGAUGACAAUGAGGAGGAAUCUGACGAGGCGGAGGAUAAUGACAAUGACUCUGAAAUGGACAGACCUGUUAAUAGAGGAGGAAGUCGAAGUCGCAGAGUUAGCUUAAGUGAUGGCAGCGACAGUGAGAGCAGCUCUGCCUCUUCACCUCUCCAUCACGAACCUCCGCCGCCCUUAUUAAAAACCAACAGCAACCAGAUUCUUGAAGUGAAAAGUCCAAUAAAGCAGAGCAAAUCAGAUAAGCAGAUAAAGAAUGGCGAGUGUGACAAGGCAUACCUGGAUGAACUGGUGGAGCUUCACAGAAGGUUAAUGACACUGAGAGAAAGACACAUCCUGCAACAGAUUGUGAAUCUUAUAGAAGAAACUGGACACUUUCAUAUCACAAACACAACAUUUGAUUUUGACCUUUGCUCGUUGGACAAAACCACAGUCCGUAAACUACAGAGUUACCUGGAAACUUCUGGAACAUCCUGAGGAUACGACUGGAUGCAUCAAAAACUAUUGAGUUGAUUUUUUUUUUAUUUUGUUUUUUGGUUGUGAUUUUUUUGUUUGUUUGUUUGUUUAUAUGAAAACACUCAGAAUGAUGCAACCAAAAGGGAAAAAAGUAAAAAACAACCU